UGCUUAUGGGGGCGACGGUUUGCUCGGAUAUCUUGUUUAACUCCAAACUACUGUUCGUUCUCAUACAGACACCACCGCGUUCGGCUGAAUCAUAAAUUUUUCAGUGAAAAUUUUCAUUCGCAAAUAUUUAGUAGAAAUUAAGAAAUUUCAAUUGGAUUUUGCUAAAAUUUGUUUAAAUGCUGCACUGUGGGCAAUCGAAAGUAAAGACAAUUUGAGAAAAUCUUAUAAAAGGCGUAAAAAAGUUUAGUUUCAUAGAAGUCUGCUGCUAGAAUUGAAAAAGGAAGGAAGUAAAGUGUAAAGUGUAAAGAGUAGAUAGUAGUGGGUGGAAAAAGUGCAGUGCGGCAUGCGGGUCGUACACGCUACACAGUGAAGUGGAAGUGCGUAAACGACAAAGGCAACAAAGACGACAGCGGAGAGUGAAGUGAAUUGGAGCUGAGUGGGAGUUCGAAAAAUAGGAAGCAGUGUAAUACAUUGUAAGCAGAUAAAGUUGAACGGGGGGGCCGGCCGUAGUAGGAGUACAUAUUGUGGCGGAUUGGAGCAGAAAUUGCAAAAGAGAGCGUGGGAGGAUGAGAUACGAACGAAUUGUUGAAGAACGGGUGAAUAACGAGAGUUAAAUAAAGCGGAAGAAGGAGAAGAACGCAUUUAUGAAUAUACUGCGAAUACGAGCGAUAAAAAGCAAAAGGAAAAACGAAAUAGUAUAUUGCGUUGGAGUAGACGAAAGAUAAGGGAAAAGCAAUCACACACAAAUAGACGACGAACUACACCCAAAAAAAGUGCUGCCAACAGCAACGGGAACAGAGGAGCAGAAGUGUUGAAAAAUAACAUUAAAGUAUAGACGAAAAACAGGAAUAUUACAAAAUUAAUUCCUUUAUUGCACUUUUAAGUACUUAAGUGUAUGUCAGAGUGCAAGCGUAUGCAUGCGUAUGUGUGUGUGUGUGAGUUUUAAAUUCACAUGUACAUAUAACUACAAACAAAUGUAUGUGGGCAGAGGCGUAGUUGCACAAACGAAACGGAACGAAAACCUUACAUAUGUAUCUACAAACAUACAUAAAUAGCGUGUAGCUGUAGCUGUCGUAAAGCGGCUAACCGAUAAGUGGAAGUGCAAGUUAUACCUGUGCCACCCACACAAAUGCGGCACCCUGUUCAACUCUUCUGCCGGAUACGCGAAACCCAGCUGGGAAUGGUCGAUAUGAACUGCAGUGUAUGAAAUAGCCAGUAAAAGUGCAGUGUAAGCAAUUAAAUUGGGUUUAACGAUAAUUUUCGUAUGUGUUCAAAGUGAAUGAAUUCGUUCGAUAUUCAGUAUUUGUUCGUUCGAAACUGAAAACGCAUAAAUUGUGAAAUUUCGCGUUAAUCUUAUAUUUUUUCGUAAUGUAAAUUUACCAGCGUUGGCUAUUUAUAUAUUUGUUUUUUAAUUAAGAAUUGUACGUGCCAUAUAUUUUGUACAAACCACGAUACCAACCCAUUCGAAGGCUUUGCUGCCUCAACAACAGCAGCAACAACUCAAGCACUCGCACACUACUUAUCGGUGUUUUUUGGUAUUUUGUUUUGUUGGAAUAUGGAUUGCAGUCUUGCAGAACAAAAUUCCGUGAAUUCCUUGGACGAAACUAUUAGAAGUCUCACGCAACUAGCCUCUAGCGGCAGCCCAUUGCGGCGCGAAAACACCUUCACAUCGGCUACAGCCCAACAAGUGACAGUCUUAUCGUCGUCGCCAUCGUCUGCGGCGGCGGCGAUACAAACUGCGGCUGCCAUCAGGCUGCGCAAGUACAGCGAUCGUUGUCUGACCACAGCUGAAGCUAAAUCGCACACCUAUCGCAUCUCAAUGGCGAACUUGGAGGAGACACAGGAGUCCGAAUUGGAUAUGAUAUUGGGUGAGCUGAGCCUACUGGAGGCGCAAAUCAAUUGCGGCGAUGCAGCUUUUCUACCCGGUUGUGGUAUGCCUGGUCCGCAACAACUUGCAAAUCCAUCAUCCGGCCUAGGCAUGGGGACAGCGCCACCUACACGCACACAUUCGCGCACGAAUUCCACUAUUUCAGGUGCCACGACCAUUUCACUAUCCGGUUCGUCAGAGUGUGGCAGCAGCGCUACCACACACUCGUUGGCCUCUUCCUCGGGCGUUUCGGAGAAUGGUCAGAGUAGUAUUGGUGGUGGCAGCAGCGUGGGCAGCGUGAUGGGCGUCAGUAUUGGCAGUGUAGGUGGCGUUGGUGGCAGUGUUGUAGGAACUAUGCGGGAACCGCGCACCGAGUCGCCGGACAAUGAUUCCGCUUUUAGUGACACCGUUUCGCUGUUAUCCAGCGAGUCAUCAGCCUCGAGCAGCGCUAGCUCAGCGCUGCAUCACAAGCAGAUGCAACAACUGCAGCAACACCAACAGUUGCAAUAUAUGCAGCAGCAACUGAGUGGAACCACGCUGAGCAGUAGCAAGGCGGCCAAAAUACAAUUGGCGCUGCACAAAUUGGAGCAUCCAUCCAUUCGACGGUUGUUCGUUAAGGCGUUUACUUCCGACGGUGCAUCGAAAUCGUUGUUGGUAGACGAGCGCAUGACGUGCGGGCACGUGACACGACUAUUGGCCGACAAAAAUCACGUGCACAUGCAGGCGAACUGGGCAUUGGUGGAGAACUUGGGCGAUCUGCAAAUGGAACGCCUAUUUGAGGAUCAUGAACUGUUGGUGGAUAAUUUGAUGACCUGGAACUCGGAUGCGGGGAAUCGCGUACUUUUUCAGCAGCGCAGCGACAAGGUGUCGCUUUUUGCGAAGCCGGAAAUCUACUUGCCCGGUCCACAAAUGGCGCCUGGCAGUCAACACGAUGAGCAUACGCGUGCCAUGCUGCUUGAGGAAUUCUUCGAAACUAACUCGCAGUUGCAAGUGGACGGUCCUCUGUAUAUGAAGGCCGAUUCCAAGAAAGGCUGGAAACGUUACCAUUUUGUUCUGCGCUCCUCUGGUCUGUACUAUUUUCCGAAAGAGAAGACGAAGAACACGCGAGAUUUGGCUUGCUUAACGCUUUUCAAUGGCUAUAAUGUGUAUCGCGGCUUGGGUUGGAAGAAGAAAUGGAAGGCACCCACUGAUUAUACGUUCGGCUUUAAGUCGGCCGUUGACUCUUCGUUGGGCAAGACAUGUCGCACACUGAAAAUGCUUUGUGCUGAAGAUUUAGAGACGAUGGAGAAGUGGAUUACGGCUAUACGAAUUUCGAAAUACGGCAAGCAGCUGUGGGAGAACCACAAAACGCUCAUGGAUGAUCUCAGCUUGGGCGAUGUGAUGUCGCAAACCAGUUUCGGCGUGUCGAUGCGUAGCGAAUCGAUUAGUAGCAUCUCAUCGGCUGUUCCCUCACAAUGUGGCAGCGUGUCAUCUGCUGUCUCGAGCAUGUCCAAUUCGAGUGGUCGCGUCUCGCGCGCUUCCUCGUCUUCGUCGAGCGGCUGCCUCUCGGAUGACAACAAUGGCUUCGACUCCGAAUUCACCACGGGCACUAUUAAACGCAAGCCCUCAAUGAAACCCAACCUGCCAUUGACCACCAUGACGCGCCAGUUGAAAGAGGUAGGCGAAAUUACGAUUUGCGAGGGCAGCGGCGUUGAUGUGCAGGAUGCAGCCUCGCCGGAGCGCAGCGGCACUUUAACGCGCCGCCACAGUCGCCGCAAAUCGCAAGAGAGCAACGGUAGCGGCACACUAAAGCGACGCCAGCCGCCAGCAGCCGUGGCGAAGCGUGGUUCGGCGGAAAGCAUGAAUGCAACCGCUUGUAAUUCGUCUGGUUCCUCCAACUCCACACCCACACCGACGCCCAGUAUUUGCGCUAAGCCUUUGUUGGAAUACGAAGCUGCGCGCACUACAGCCGUGAACGACACAGGCGUUGUGGCGAAUUGCAUGUCUUCAUCGACCCUUUCGCUAGAUUCUCUACCGCCACCACCACCCCCGCCGCCGCUUGUCGACGAACACGAAAUAUAUGGCUCACAGCUGUCGCUGGUCUCAUUGCCGCCACCACCACCGCCAGAAGAGGUGAUGGUAUAUCAGCAGCCGAUACAGCAAUACGCAAUGGUUGGCGGAAAAGCGAACGGCAUGCCACCUGCAGUGCCUGCGAAACCACUUAAACAGCAGCAAACACCUGUAAAGGGACCAGCGCCACCAUAUAAGGCACCACCAGAGUAUGUGGGCCAAGUGCACAAUCAGCAUAUGAACAACAGCAGCAAUAUUAACAACAACAGUGGUAUUAAUGCGGCUGUGACCGCUGGUCUGCCACCUCCUCCACCACCUUCGAAUACCGGCACACAAAAGAAAGUCUCUUUUGCCGAUUCGCCAGUAUUGCUGCGUCGUAAAAUGUGCUCACCGGAGCCACCAGCGAGUCUAAUGCAACAUCAGCAGCAGCAAUUGCAAAUGCACGCGCAACCUAUCUACGGUUACGCGCCCUGUCCGUUGCCACCGCCACGCGCCGAUAUGACACGGCUUUCGACGAAUUCCUCAAAUUGCAGUUCAAUUGACUUCGGCUCGCCCAAGCGUCUGCAAGAAUCCACCUCGAAUCCGCCCCGAGACUUUCUCAAGGAUCUGCAGCGCGUCAUGCGCAAAAAAUGGCAGGUGGCACAAAAAUGCAAACUUGAACCAGCCACAACGCCGCACGAAGUGCUUGGCUUUCGCGAUUUCAAUGACGAGCUGCACAACUUGAAUGCAUCCGCCACCACACACUACUACCGCGAAACGGCGAAUGUGAGCAACUGGGUGCAGGAGCAUUAUGGCGCCGGCGCACCACCACCACCGCUUAGCGAAUAUGCGCUCUACGAAAAUUUGCAUGCUACCGACGCGCCGAACGGCAUGGCCGGCACGGCGGUGAUGAUGGAGCCGCAGUUCCCCAUGGCUGGGGCGGCGGUGGCUGCUGCAGCUGCGCAACGCAAGAAGCGGCCACCGCCGCCACCACCCAAACGCAGCGAUUCAACGCAACUGACGCACAGGGUUUAGGGAUGUGGCGGAGGCCAACGACGCAGGCAUUGGUUUCUGUGCGGUUGGUAAAAAUACAAAAGGGAAAGCGAAUCGAGGAAUAGGUGCAGUAAGAGAAAGUGCCGACGCAGAGUGACAGAGCGGCAAAGAAGCAAAGUGAGCGAAAGAAUGCGAACGAUAACAACAAAGGUGUUUACUAAAGCAAAAUAUAGAGAUUUUUUUAGCGAAACUAGAAUGGUUCAAAAUCUGUAGUGCUACGAGCCCAGUUGCUAAGCGGAUUUGGCGGCAAUUCACAUAAAACAUGUCCUUUAUAUGUAGUUUAUAUUAAGCUAUAUAAAAAAUUAACAAAUUUUUAUAUAUAUUUACACGCUUAUACAUACAAACAUAUAUGGACGUCUACUUAUUGAGCAAUAGUGAGCUUAAGUGAAAAGCGAGUUUGCGCGAAAUGCGUUAAAAUGAUAUAUACAAAUAAUAAACAAAAAAAUCGAAUUGCUUUCAAAAUGUCUACGCCUAGGAAUUGUAUUGUACAAUAUGCCAUACUAUUUGAUAGAAGCAAGAAAGAGCAUUUUGUGAACAGGGAUACCAAGAAACCUGUAAAAGUUUCACGUUUUUAAGCAUAAUUAUUAAUUAUCAUAUCUAUAUCAUAAAUAUAUUUGUGGAACACAGGUACGCGUUGCUGUUAGGUGAACCAAAAGUAGAAUUUUUUCGAAAUGAAAAUUCUUAUAACACAAAAAUUUGUACAUACUGCGAAAAUCCAUUUUCCAUUCCAGUUAUAUUAAAAAGUACUCGAAACGCGCUUACAAUUCUUUGUGUACACAUAUUGGUAGCACUUAAAAAUACUGUUUUUCGAAAACUUUACGAAUUCUAGAGAACACUAUAUUGCAUUUACUAAUAAAAAUGUGAGUAAAAUUACUUGUGUGCAUUUGCAAAUACAAAAAAAAAUUUUUUUUCGCAAACUCUACACAACUCUCCACCCAGCUAAUUACCAAUUAUUAAUGGAAAUGUGCGUAAAAUUGUAUGUUCACAUUUGCAAACACAAAAAAAAUAUUUUUUCGCAAACUCUCCACUCAGCUAAUUACCAAUUAUUAAUGGAAAUGUGCGUAAAAUUGUUUGCAAACACAAACAUUUUUUUUUUCGCAAACUCUACACAACUCUCCAAUCAGCUAAUUACCAAUUAUUAAUGGAAAAUUGUAUGUUCACAUUUGCAAACUCCUGCACAUUGAUUUUCUUAAACUCUACAAAACUCUCCGCUCGUUUUUUUGUGCCCCAAUAAAGUUCCAAAUUCCUAAAUGUGGCUUAUGGUUUCCAGAGCACUUAAGAAUACUAAGAAAUUUUAAAAGUAUCCUAAACUCUCCGCCCCCACACUGCUUAGUCUUCUUGUCGAAGUAGUACUAUCCAAUACCCAAAGUAAAAUGUUACGCGAAUUUUGUACUUUAGCAAAUUUUUUAAGCAAAAUUUUUUCAUUACGAGAAAAAUGAAAAAAUAAAACGAAUUUUGUUUGCUUGUCUAGUGAAAAAUGGAAAAUAUUUGCUAAUUUCUAGCUGCAUGUAACGUAAAUGCAAUGAUUAUUUGAACUUAUUAAAUCUCCACUAAACUCUACACCUACACUAUAUUGUAAAUUAAAAAAUUGCAUGCUAAACCGAAAAAAUAUGUACUUUAUCCAGAUAAUGCUUGAAAUGAAAUUUACCGCCUUACGAUUUAGAAGCGAAAAUUAGCGCUUAGUUUUUAAGAAAAAGAAGAGUUUUAAAAAUACACUUUUUCAAUAUAAAAUUGGCGUCUCCACUUUACUCUUGUAUGUGCAUGUACUUAUUUAAGUGGAACUCUAUAGGAAAUUAUGAAAAUUGAAAAAAAAAAAUCGCCAGAGAAAUGUAUUGCUGGAGUUAUUUGAUGCAUAAAAAAUAGGUGGAUUUUGCAAUUCAGCAAAAAAAAAAAGUGUGCUAAAAAAUUUGCGGUCAUGCGCUUCAAACUUGCUUUUCCAUUAAAUUUAUGCAGCAAAAACAUUUAUGUAUGUGUAAAAAUGGAAAAAAAGAAUAUGGUAGUAAUUAAAUUGUUCCUAAGCAAAAGCAUUUCACUUGAAACAUGAAAAAAUAUAUAUGAAGAAUAAAAUAAUUACAUUUUUAAGAAAUACUAAAUAGAAUUAAUAUUAAUUGUAAAAACGCUAAACCGAUUGGCAGUUAAAAGUUUUUAUAAAUAUAUUUAAAUUGAUUAUUGUGCGAAUCGGACGACGAAACGCAGUAAAUUACAGGCAUGCAAUUUAAAGUAAAAAUAAAAUAUAAAAUAAAAUGCAAUUUGUACUUUUUCAAAAUAAGCUAACAACAAAAAUAAGAACAAAAACUUUAUAAAAUUUAGUUAAUACCGCUUUGUACAGUUAUUAAAAAAAAAAAAAAAAUAUGUGAAAUUAUUGGUGUACUCCACUUUUUCUACUGCAAAACGCGUCAUAGCAAUUUUAGUUCGUUGAAAGAAAAAGUUACUCUUAAACAAAUACUAAAUAAUAAAAUAAUGAAAAGAAAUUAGUUAUUAAUAAAGUAUUUUAUGCAUGAACAAAAGAAGAAAAUAAAUUCAUAAAAUAAAUAAUGAUAAUUUUUUAAAUUGAUACAAAUAAGUAAAAAAAAAAAUCAAAGUACUUGCGUCAUUUGUUGCACAAAGACACAUUUGAUGAAUUUGAACUAAGUAAUUACUUAAAAAAUAAUUUUAUAAAAAUAUAUUUAAUUAAUUAAAAAUUUGUAUACCACAAAUUUUUGUAAAUGCCAUACAAAAGCAGUUUAUCGAAUACAAACCACUACUACAUACUAUGUACACAUAAACAAAUUUAACUACAUAAAUAUAAUAAUAAAGCAAGCGUUUUGAGCGCUUGCCUCGUAUCUCAAAUAUUCGUUUAAGAAAUGAAAGUUAUUUUAAUUUAUUAUUUUUUUCGUUUUUUGCUU